AGGUCAGUGCCUUUAACCGCCUCAAUAAACAGCUGGUGAACUUUGUCCUCCAGCGGCUGCUGAACGUUUCUCUUCAUGUUUCUCUCUGAACUCCAUUCCACUGACUGAUGGCGGAGAGGAAAGCAGCAGCGAAGGCGUCAGCGGAGCCGGACUUCCUGCAGUCCAACGAUCUGGCCUGUGAGGCGGUCGGUGGGAAGGUUAUUUUUGCUACAGAUGAAUGGUUCGCUCCUGCUGCCAACCUGCUGAAGAGAGAGACGCCAACCUUCAGCCCUUCAGCCUUCACGAAGUUUGGCAAGUUGAUGGACGGAUGGGAGACGAGGAGGAAGAGGACGGCGGGUCAUGACUGGUGCAUUGUCCAGCUGGGAGUACCUGGGCGGAUCCAGGGCCUUGAUGUGGACACGUCCUUCUUCACAGGAAACCACUCACCCUGCGUCUCUGUGCAGGCCGGCUGUCUGGAAAAACCUCCCCCCUUCACUCUGGAGGGAGACCGGACCGGCAUGGCCGCCUCCGCCGCUCAGCUGGCUGCUGUUGCACAGCUGGGCUCGGAGGCGUGGCCUGAGCUGGUAUGUGUGUCGGAGCUGAAGCCUGGAUACUCAGACUGCUGCCAUAACUACUUUAAGGUCAACUUCAACCACAGAGUCACACACCUGCGCCUGAACAUGCACCCAGAUGGAGGGAUAGCCAGGCUGCGGGUGUACGGAGUUGGGCAGAGAGACUGGUCCUCUGUCUCCUCCCAGCAGGACGUUGACCUGGUGGCCAUGACCAAUGGGGGGGUCUGCCUUGGUUACAGCGACGCCCACUUUGGUCAUCCACGCAACAUGAUUGGUCUCGGCCGAGCUGCCAACAUGGCCGACGGCUGGGAGACGGCCCGCAGACUAGACCGCCCCCAACACCUGAAGGUGGACCAGAGAGGGAUCCUGCAGGUCCCCGGAUGGGAGUGGACUGUGUUCCGCCUCGGCUCCCCAGGACUCAUCAGGGGGGUCGAGGUUGACACCAACCACUUCAGAGGUAACUUCCCAGACUCCUGCAGGAUUGAUGUUUGUUCUUUGACCCCUGAGGAUGAAGCUCAGUGCGUCGGCACCAACUGGAAUUCUGGGAAAUGGCAGGUCCUUCUACCCCCUCAAAAACUUCGUCCUCACCACAGACAUCUCUACGGAGAGGCCCAGCUCGCCCCCACCCCCCCCGUCACCCACGUCCGUCUCACCAUCAGCCCCGACGGAGGGGUCAGCCGGCUCCGGCUGUGGGGUCGACCCACGGCCCCCACAGCUGCUCCUCAGGCCAAUCAGGAGAGGCCCCCCCCCACCGCUGCUCCUCAGGCCAAUCAGGCCUCCAAGCUGUGACCUGUGAGGAUUUAAGAAAUAAAACACCAAAGUAGAGUCUGAUGGUCGUCA